AACCCUAACCCCGCCCCUUGACCCCUUAGCCCCACCCCUUGACCCCUUAGCCCCACCCAGAGGAAGUCCCGCCCCAUGGGUUAUUACUUCCGGGGUCAAGACUGCCACAUGACCGGAAGCAAGGUGUGUCAUGUGACACCCACCCCACCCCUUGACCCCUUUAACCGCACCCCUUGACCUCUGCCCCCCACCGGAAGUCCUGCCCCAUGGGGUAUUACUUUCAGGGUCAAGGCUGCCACGUGACCGGAAGUAAGGUAUGUCAUGUGAACCCUCUAACAACUCCUCCCACUGCCCUCUACCAAUCAGGAUGGGUUUUGCCCCGUAGGACUUCCCCCCAAGAGCAGCUUUGACCAAUCAGGGCGAGUUCCGGGGUGGGGGUGUCCUCUCUGGAAGCGGGUCUUGUGACCCCUCUAACAACUCCUCCGCCCACCCCGCUACCAAUCAGGAGGGAUUUUGUUCCGAUAGGACCAAGAGGAGAUUUGACCAAUUAGGAUGAGUUCCGGGGGCGGGGUGACCCGUCCGGAAAUGAUUCGUGUGACCCCUCUAACAACUCCUCCCACCAACCUCUACCAAUCAGGCCGGCCCGAGAGCAGAUUUGACCAAAAUAGGGCAGGUUCUGGGAUGCGGUGAACCACCCAGAAGAGGGGCGUAUGACCCCUCUGCCAAUCAGAGCGCAGCACCAUCACCCCAUAAGGCCCAGCGUCGGGCAGAAGAGGCUGUCUUUUACCAAGAGCGCGUGUUUUAGAAAUCGUGGAAACAUGGACUCCUUCACCACCCCCGUGAGAACUUCGGACUUUGUUUUAGCCCCGAGGGCCUUCAACAAACCGCGGAGAAAGCGCUACAUCAGCAACAGUUCCGAGGAGGAGGAGGGGGCAAUUGAGGGGAGCCCUUUGGCCCAGCCAUUGAUGGAUACCCCGGACCCUGAAACCCAGCCGCUUGUGGGGCCCCGCGAUGAGCAUGAUGGCCUCUUGUUGUCCACCCCCCGGGAGGAGGAAGGUGAUCGCAGCUCGGGGAAGUCACUAGUGGACAAGAUGAACGCUCAGCUCAAUGAUGCCUUUCUAGAGGACCCGGAGACUCUGGACAGCGUUGCACCAAGCAGCGAAGAUGAACCGGGCCCACCUUGUUUUUGCUCAACGCCGAUACAAAAUGUUGAAGAGGACUCCGAGGAUGACGGCUAUGAGGAGUUUAGGAGGAGGCUUGGCAUGGAACUGACUGAGCCAGUGCCACGUCGUGAGCGUAACAAAGUCAUGCGGACUAUUGUACGCGUUGCUGUUUAUUCUGUUCUUAAUCACUGUCUUAGGGAAAAGCUUUUUGAAGAUUGUGAGGGCUGUGUCAUAGAUGCACCAGGCCAGCGGCACCAUGACUGUGCGACUUGGACUUCAGUGGAUAUAAACUGCAAGCUCCGGGGCCUGUGUGCUGAGCUGUGUUUGGAAAGCUUAUUAAACACUGUGAUUGCCAUAGGUUAUGCUAUGCAAUGUCUAUGCCUAACCCAAGAACAUUUAGCACAAGGGGUGACCUUGAUAAAUGCUGUGCAAUUCAGUGGAGACCCUGACCAUGUUUUAAAGAAAAUGACCAAACCGGAAGAUGCCUGCUUAGAGCGUUAUAUUGACCGUCUGGUCCGCACAAAAAGUUACAGAACCCUGCUUAAGGAAAAGGCUAUUUGUAAGAAAUCUAAAAGGAUUAAGUUAGAAAAUGGUGAGGUGCCAAACAUGCGAUAUAAAACUUGGUAGCUGUAAAUUUAAAAAAAAAAAAUCUAUUGAAAAGGGCUUUGUGACUAUUUGUAUUUCUGUUAAAAGGUCUCUGGCCCUUAAGGGAGCUUAAAGUCUUUUUUUCUUUCUUUCUUUUUUUUAAUG